CUUCAUAAUUUCAAUCGGCGACCCGAUUGCUAAAGUCACUACUCUUUCGCAUUCAUCUGAAAGAAAUUUGCACUUGACUCGCCACCUUUGAUCAUAAUCAUCUAAAAUCGCGCACGGCUUCGAGACAUUUUACUUAUUACUUAUUCUUCCUUGUUGCUGAUUGAUUCGCCGCUUUGAACCUUACGCGUCAAUAUUCCUUGAGAUGCUCAUUUCCCUCGGCAUCCGACGUAUUCAUCGAUCCAUGCUUCUGAGAAUCAAUUGGUUAUAACAAAUACACAUAGAUAUAAGUGCUGAGGUCUACGCGACUUUAUCUAAGUGAUCUAAUUAAUCCAUCGCGUUAUACCGAGCCGCCGUUUCACUUCCGCGAUAUACUCCCUCAUGCAUCGCGUCUACCUCGAUAAUGUCGGAACAUCCUUACAAUUACGGCCAAUACCUAGGCCAACAACCUCCUCUACCUUACACCCCACCAUCUUCUCAUAAUUCUCAACAGCCCUUUUAUGGAGUUUUCCAACAACCUGUCCCUCUCCCAGCUCUAGGAAAUUAUGCGACCGUAAAUAAUUCUUUCCAGUACAACGCGAGCAGCAUACCCGGCCUAGGUAUGGGCAACCUGCCGCCAUCUGUAUCCCACCGACCCCAGAGUACCAAUACAUGGAAUUCUCAAAGUCAAGCUUCGCAACAGAACCUUGCUACGCAACCCCGAGAACAGCCUCCUGCCGCCACAUCACAGCAGGGUAAUUUCCAUGAAAACGCGACCAGCCAACAGUCGACGGCUGCAUCCAAGGUACAAGCAGACCAAACGCUAGAGGAAGGAGAGUUGAGUGAAGGUGAAUUCGACGAUCUAUACGAACCUCAAGAGACCGUGGAUAUCGCCCCGCAAGGUCUCCCCUCUAAACCACCUAGCAUAACGGAGAAUCAAAACGGAAGUGUUGGUGAUGCAGACGGAUCUUCCAUAUAUGAUGGUGUAACACCUCGAGGUGAAGCCAUUUCUAAUAGCACGACAACCCCACUUCCCGCAGCCGACCAAGAAUAUUCCCCAGAUGAGGAUUGGGAACCUACCUAUGAAGAGCGCGAGAGAUCUGGUUCUUAUUCACCUUACCUAUCUCCCAGAGAAAUUCAUCGCAAAUUGUCAGUGAGCAAGCCUGCUCUCCAAGGAGCUAAGUCAACUCCGACUACCCAACAACCGAUACAAUCAUUACCGGGCCUCAACAUGGCGCCACUACAGCAACCGCCUGCUGCCAACGCCUCGUUAUCAGCUGCAAAUUCCAUUCCUGCUGCUGGCGUUGCUAGCACUUUCCGUUCCGUCACAGAGGCGAAAAAGAAAGCACAAGAGGCCAUUCUUGCAUUAUGGCCUUUGAAAGUUCGAUUCCAGGAUUACAUUGACGAGGGCCUUGACGAAAAGGUGGUCAAGAGUUUGUUUGCGGAUUUGGGUCUGGAGGCUUCAAUACCUAAAACUACUACUGUGGUCCACAAGGCUCCAGCUGAGUCUGAGAUUCGAACAGAACCCUCAGAUCCCUCGAAAGCUGCUCCCGAUCCACAGAGCAUUAAGGGCCAAUCUCCAGUUGCAUCAAGCACAAAGCCGGCUACGAUGGCUCAACCAACGACAGUUAAUGGUACUACUGAUGCAAAGACUGCCGCAAAAACGGCGGCCGAAGAGCGUAAGGACAAGAUUGCUCGAAAACUUGCAGCAAAGGCGCAAAAGCCGCCAGUAGCCGCCCAAUCCCCCAUUCCUGCUCCGUCUCAGCCAACCCUAGCUAAGGCGAACACAACGGCGACUCCUGCUAGUGCAUCGCCAGCAAAAACGAAAACGCGAGCUGAGAACAAUGCAAUUCUUCAUCAAAAGCUUGCUGCGUUGAAGAGGGCACAAGAAAAGGCUCUAGCCGAGAAGAAAUUAGCGGAAGACACAACUAAGUCAACCCCAUCCCAAACGAUGUCCGCAAACAACGCCGUCGCGGUUCCUGGACCUGGGCCUGGGCCUGGGCCUGCAGAAUCAGCUCAGAGCUCCACUACAGUUUCAGUGCCUGCGUCGGAGCCGAAUAGACGUUCGGUAUCUACGGAAAAGAGCCUGCCUAAGGAAGCGGGUAUCCCAGGUCUAUUCUUGGUUACACCAUCAACACAACCACCACCCAAUCGCAAUUUGAAGCGACCCGUAGCCGCAGAUUUCGACAACUAUCCCAACCCUAUUGGAUCCCUCAAACGGACUCGUACUCAGGAAACAUUGAUAAUCGAUGUCAGUGACGAUGAAGAUGUGGAGAUGGACAUCGGCUCACCAACGGAUGAACCGAACUCAUCGACUGAAAUAGUCGACACGUCUUCCCAGCAGUUCUCCAGAAGCGCAUUCCCACCGCUCACCAACUCGAAUCGGAAUUUCCAAAAUUCUAGCCCUAGCUCAGCUACCAUACCAACCCCUCCGGUAAAUGGGGCUAAGCUUAGUCUACUGCAUAAGCGGAUCGAAGAGACGAAAAGACGUAUUGCUGAAGCUGAAGCUAAGAAGGCUGCUAGAGUUAAUGCCUCUCAGUCACCUCAAGCCCCGCCCCCAGCACUGGAGGCUAUCGAGUUACCGAAACUUUCCGAACUGUCUCAAGCAGAAAGGGAGGUGAGAGAAGUUAAGGCCGAGAAACGUAAUAGAAUCAUAAGUAUUGAAUUGCCUGAGAUUGAGGCUAUCAUUAAGGAGAGGCAGGAGAGGUUGAAGCAGAUAGUCGCGCAAGCAACCCAACUCGAACUUGAGAUUCAAGAGGACGGUGAAAAGCGACAGAGACUAUUGGCGGAGGCAGAGGCAGAGGCAGAGGCAUCUCCGUAUCCUGACGAUGUUGAGAUAGAGGAGCAAGUUCAACCCGUCCUUUCUGAUGCCAUGUCCACCACGCCGCAAUUAAACAAUGUCGUUGAAUCGCAGCCUGCAGAUAUACAGCGAUCGAGCUCGGAAUCGAUAGCCGAUGUGUCUAUGAGCGAUGGGGAAGAUUCCGAACCUGAAAAUGAACCAAUCACAAACGGCGUCCAGCCUAGUCUCGUUACACCCCAGUCCGACAGUCCGGUUAGGGAACAGGCUUUCCCAAUUCUUCAACCAUCUACCAUCGCCGAUGAAGAUCCACAACCUGAAGUUGAGGAUGACAAUAUUCAGCCUCCAAAUAUCUCAGCAGAUGUUCCUCCCGAAACCAACGAGCCUCAUCUUAACAUUACCAACACUUCGGUAACUCAAAUAGAAGGAGGGCAAGACGAGGCUAGGAUAGCCGUUCCACAACAACAACACCGAGAUUCGUCUCCAAGCAGUGACGACUCGUACAAACCAGAGCUAGCCUCUCCUACUCACAUCGCCCCUCUUUCAGAGCCCGAGAACAAUCCUACGAAACCCCAAUCCCCCCAAGAACAGAACCACGCAAUCACUAAUGUGCAACCCGGCUUUGAGGAAACACUAAAUAAUGCCGGCCCGUCCCAAUCGAUCGAUGAAUCGGCUCCGUCGGUGCCGGAAAACCCGAGUGGAGAAGUACAAGACAGCUCAUCUCAUGAGCACCCCUUACUGACUUCUACGCAGGAUGAUCCUGAACAGAAUCCCCAGGUAGAGGACAUAUUAUCUUAUCACAGUCCUCUUGGGUAUUUCCGUGCCUAUAGGUUCCAUCCGAAGUACUUUGAUGAGGUGGCAGGUGGCCUGAAGUCGAUGACUUACAGCUCCAAGAUAGACCCGAUGCGGCCAAUUUGUCCCCAUGUGUUGUCCGGAGAACAGUGUCCGGACGGUAAUGCUUGCGAAUUCCAGCAUUUUGAAAAUAUGGUUCUUCCUGAUGCCGAGAUAAUUACGCAGUUGGGCUCAGCCGAUAUGUUCACCGGAGAAACGAGGAACAAAUUCAUCGAAGGCCUCAAAAAGGUGCUCAACGAGCUGAAAGCCAACAAAGUUAAGGAUUUCGACCGGAUCACGAGAGCUAUCGUUAAGCACAGACAAGAAUUCCUCGAAGACAAGUCCAAAGUGUUACCCCUCGACACUAAUACUGGCUAGGCAACCUCGUAGUUUACCCAACCAACAAAUACCCUUUGUAGACCUUGCCCAAUCCCCUUUACUUCCCUCCGCAUUUUCGUAUUGCUUUAACUAGGCAGUUAUACUUUGGUAUGAAUUUCAGUCUAGUUACGCGACUACUCGUGAGUCGCAUGAUAAUGUCCACCUUUUCUAUAAGGCAUUUCAGCAACCUUUAUGGACAUGGCGCCCACUUAGGGCAGAACGAUACUUAUAGCCGCUUUGAUCGGGAACAAAAGAUGCAAUAUCUACUAGACGAGAUAGUCGGUAGAAAAUUGAGGAGAGGGACUUCAGGCCAUAGCAUUGGCCUAGAGUUGGAAGAGCAAGAGAAGGAGAAGAAGAGUAUAAGCAGAAGACCGAAUCAGCCGCUCGCAGCAUCAUGAAAAAGUCGACAGGCCGCUGAGCAGAACAGAGCAGAGUAUAUGCAUUCCAUUACGUACCUUGGUACUUAUCUAGAUGCAUCUUUCGACCUCAUAUGGAAUAGCCGUGAGAGCAUGCGGAACUAUGGGGAGUAGUUGCAAUCCACCCUAGAAAGUCGCCGACUUGUUGACUUAAUAAAUACGAUGAAUUUACAAUAAUUGAAAGUAUUUUCUCCAUCUUA